GUAAACUCUCUUGAAAACUAGGGAUUUAGGAGAUUAUGGCAUCUGAAGCUCACAAUGUUAGAAAAUGGAACCUGUUGCAUACCAAGGGUUGUCACAUUGAUCUCAGAAAAAGGAUCUCUCAUUCCACUAAGAAGAACAUGAAGGAGGGUAAGAAAUCUCCAAAACAGUUGGCUUCUUACACUAACAGAACAACAGUUGGACAAACUGUGACCAGCUCCCCUUUUCUUUUCAAAAUAGUAUAUUGUAAAAGAAAAGUUCACUCUUAUACUUCAAAACCUUGUUACAGAAAAAAGCAGUUCCCUAAAGUCAGGGACCAGGACAUGGCAAAUAAGGAAAAUGAACUGGCUUGUGCAGGUAAUCUGCCGACAAAACUACAUGAGAGUCAUACGCUUUUACUAAAUGCCAGUGAUUCUGGCUCCUCUCAAACACAAAGUCCCUCAUCAAAAUACAGUGGAUUUUUUUCAGAGGUUUCUCAGGAUCAUGAUACUAUGGCACAAGUUCUUUUCAGUAGAAAUCUGAGACUGAAUGUAGCUUUAACCUUCUGGAGAAGGAGAAGUAUAAGUGAACUCAUAGCCUAUUUAGUAAGGAUACAGGAUCUUGGAGUAGUAGUAGAUUGCCUUCCUGUGCUUACCAGCAGUUUACAGGAAGAAAAAACAUAUAUUUCAGUUGGCUGCUGUGUGGAUCUAUUGCCUUUAGUAAAAUUACUACUUAAUAGCAAAUAUGAAGAAUACGUGAUAGUUGGUCUAAACUGGCUCUUAGCUGUCAUUAAGAGAUGGUGGUCAGAACUGUCUGCACACAUGGAAAAAGUAAAAGAUGGAAAUAUUCAUAUUUUAAAACAACAAUUAAGUGGAUUGUGGGAACAAGAAAAUCAUUUAACUCUGGUUCCGGGAUAUACUGGUAAUGUAGCUAAGGAUGUAGGUGCUUAUUUAUUACAGCUACACUGAGAUGUUUGGAGAACUGAGGCAUGCUUAUGUGGCUUACAUUUUAGAAAUAUAUAAAUCCAGGGAUUUUUCAAGGAUUAUGCAUCUCUUCUGAGAACUGUUGGCAGAAGAGGAAUGGACCUUCAAAAACUGUUUAAUGAAACCACUAACAAAAUCUUAACAAUCUACUUCACAUUGAAGUGGAAAAAUGCCUAAUAGGAGCAGCUUUUACUUCAGUGAGGUGAAAGUGCACUAUGAAAACUAUAUGCCUUUGCUGUAUUUGGGAUUUGUUCAGUUAUUUGGUAAAGUCAUUUAAGUGCUGCUUGUUUCACUACAAUAUGGCAUAAAGGAAUAUAAAUUCUACCAUCAUGAAGACACAACUGCAGAACCAGUUAUAAGGAACCAUCAAGACCAAGCGCCAUAAGAUUUUAAACUGUUUCACAAGAAAAGUCAGAUGUGCAACUGUUUCUCAGUUACAUUGAAAAAUUGAAAUGUUUUAGUAUCUUUUAAUCAAAAUAUUAAAAAUGUUUUUGUUUGCACUAUUGAGAAACUUUAUACAGCAGGAUGCCUUAAUUUCUGAUGUUUGACACAGCCAAUUUAUUAAUAUACAAAAUAUAUCUAUGGAAAUCAACAAAUCAAGACAUGAUAAACUGCUAUGAAAAUCAGGGGUUCACAAUAUAUAAAACAUUUGUGAAGCAUUUGCACACUUUUAAAAAAAUCAGUAUAUCCACAAUAUCUGUUCUGUGGAGAAUUCAGAUGUGUAGGACACAACUUGUGCAUAAAAUACCUGAAUCUGUUUGGAUAAAUGCUUAUUGCAAAAGUCAGACUGGUGAAUUUAUACAGACAACACUUUUUUUUUUAUUGUAUGUGGAUUUGUAAUAUAUUAAUCUUCAGUUCUGUAUCAUUUAAACUACACAGAUGAGUAAAUGUUUCUACUGGCUUUUCCUUUUGAAGCUCAGAUAAUUUUACCUGUUACUGCUUUUUUUUCCCCUCAAACACCUUUUUCCACACUACUUUUUAUUAUGGAUGUUUGUAUCUACUGCUCUACAAAUGUUUACAGCCAGAAUAGACAUGUAUUUUUUUCAGAUCUAACCACUCAUAGGCUACCUCCUCUAACAAAAGUUAACACAUGGCUUUUACAAACUUAGUUGUUUAAACAUGUGCUUUUUUCCUGAUUUAAUUAAGAUAUAUUCAAGCUACCUUCAAUCUAAAGAGAUUCACAAUGGAACAAAUUCAGUAGCACAGUUUACAGCUAUAUUUUUCUUAUUAAUUGUGAUAUUUUUGUUUAACUGCUAUAACUUAAUAGCUAUGGAAAAUUUGGGGUUUUUUAGACUGGCAACUUUCUUUUGUGUUGUGACUAGUUGAAAAUGCUUGUCCAAAUAAAAUUCUAUGAAGUACCAACCUCACACUUAAAACAGAAGCUGAACUGUAGCUCUGUAUCACAUACCUAGCCACUGACUCUGUUGUUUUUUAAUUAAAAUUAUUAUGGAAGUUGUCUUCAUGCUUAAAUCAGCAAUUAUAACUACUGUAGCUUCAUCGGUGUAUUUUUGCAACUAUGUACAAAAGGGACCAUUGCCAGUCUUUUUUCUCCUGCAUGAGUAGGGCUCCUCUACUUUGUAACUGAAACUAGAGUAUACAUUUUCACCAUGAAAGCGUAAGGCUCUAGAAUAUUACUUCAUUUUGAGUUUAAUUUGAAUUUUAUGGUCUCUAAUGUUUGAGGGCUAAAUAGAAAAGUGUUUGCUCAGUCUAGAGUUUCUUCACAUAGGUAAAUACUCAACAACUCUAUCAUCCUAGGGCAUGGGCAAUUUAGAAUAGAUUUCAAACCUGACAUUGAUCUAAGACAACUUCAGGUAAAAUUGUGGAAAGUUACAUUUUCCUAUUAACAUCCUGUGAUCUUAUUUUUAUUAUUUAAAAGUAGACCUUAUUUGGAUUUUCUUCCCAAAUUAACUUUUUAAUUCCAUUAGUUACAGUAAUUUGAAGAAAGUACAGAAGUUCAUUUGAACCAAAGUUCUCUUUUUGCUCUGAGACUUGAGUGCCACCUAUCUUCAGAGGUUUAUCAAGAACUGUUAUUCAUGCUCAUGUAAUUUUGAAACAAUACCCUGCUAAAACAAGUCAUUUUUGAGUGCAUUAAUCAGGAUUAUAGAACAUCUUUAUAAUUUCUCUAAGCAUUUGUUUUUGUGCCCUUUACUGUUGCUCUAUUAUGGAUAAAGAGUAUUUUCAAAUUCCUUUCUUCUGAUUUCUUUACUUUGUCUUGCAAUUGCUAGAGUUUUUAAAUCACUCUGCAAGGGUACUGAGCGCCAAAAGAGAUGAAAACUGUCAUGUUACACUUGUAGUAAAAGAAAAUUGAGCAUAACUUCAGUGGGUGGAAGCCUUUCAGAAGCUGACUGGAAUAAUCACGAAAGUAAAAAUGCACAUAUUUUCCAUAGUAUCCAGCUUGACUAUAGUAACAAAGGUAUUAGUUCCAAAUGAAUGUUGUAGGUGGUCAUUGAUUUCUCACCAGAUUACAGUUAAAAGGACUGUAUUCUCUUGUAUCCCUUGUGCAAGCAGUAAAGAGAAAACUUGUCUGGAUCACCAACUUAUGCAAAUGACUUGUAAAGAAUAUGUCUUUCCACCAGAAGUUCUUUCUGCAGCAUUUAUAAGGGAGUACUGAAAUAAAAAUGUAGUGUCUUUUUCUCCCUACCUUACCUGAAUGAGUGCAUUUCUUCAUUUGUGACUGUGAGUGAGCUACAAGACUGAGAUGAGCAGAAUUCUUGGUCAUUCGUAUCAACAGAAUUCUAACCAAAGCUUCAUUUAUCCAGCAAUAUAUAUCUUGACUGCUUUAGAACUACUUGAAUGAGAUUUUUUUGGUGGUUGUCAGCAUCUGCCUGCCAUUUGUUUGUUUUUUUACAACUGGCUGGUAAUGGGUUAUGCUAUAAUGGAAUGUAUUGUACUGUCAAAUCAAAGUGAAACAGGUAGUAAAGCUGUCAGCAUCUGUAUAAACAGAUUAAAAUCUCUAUGUAGUGACUGGUUUAAUUCUUCAGUUUGAAGAAUCAUUACUGGACUAAUAAAUAUUUCACUGAGAAAA